CUCCCAUCAGCCGCAAAAUUCCAUUUGCCAUGCAUGAAUGGGUUAUCUUUGAUGUUGUUCUCUGUUCUUAACACCCUCCGCAGUAGCUCUACUCAUCCCCGUGAAAUCGGCGACAACUCAAUUGAUACUCGGACACCCCGAGCAGCCCCCUUCCGACUAUGGAGGAGCCCAAGUACGGCAAGGACACUGUCGUCCAACAUGCCGGCGGAAACGACAUUGAUACUGGCGAGGUAGUCGACGAUAACCAUGGCCUGAAGCGACAUUUAAGUAAUCGCAAAGUGCAACUCAUUGCCAUUGGCGGCUCCAUCGGUACUGCCAUGUUCGUCAGCAUCGGCUCGGCUCUGAAUGAAGGCGGCCCUGCCAGCUUGUUUCUGUCAUAUACAUUGUACGCCUGUGUCUUGGCCCUUGUAAGCAACGCCAUGGCCGAGAUGGCCAUUUACAUGCCCGUGAGCGCCUCUUUUAUCCGACAUGCCUCCGUUUGGGUCGACGACGCCUGGGGCUUCAUGGCGGGAUGGAACUUCUUCUUCUACGAAUCCAUUCUCAUUCCCUUUGAGAUUAGCGCCCUGAACUUGAUUCUCAAAUUUUGGAGAGACGAUAUCCCAGUUGGAGCCGUAUGCGCCGCGUGUAUUGUGUCUUAUGGAUUAAUCAAUGUAGCUGCAGUCAGGUAUUACGGCGAAGCCGAGUUUUGGCUCUCGUGGGGAAAGCUUCUUCUGAUGGGCAUUGUUUUCGCAUUUACUUUCGUUACUAUGGUCGGAGGCAACCCCCAUCACGACUCAUACGGCUUUCGUUACUGGAAAACUCCGGGAGCAUUCGCGGAAUACCUCAGUACCGGAAGCAUGGGCCGUUGGGAAGGGUUUCUGGGGUCGCUGUGGGCAGCUAGUUUUGCUAUCGUUGGCCCCGAAUACAUGGCUAUGGUUGCUGGAGAAGCCAAGUUACCCCGCAUCACGCUCAAGCGCGCAUUCAAAUCCAUAUAUAUCCGAUUCGGCGUGUUCUUCAUCGGCGGCGCUCUCUGCGUUGGCAUCGUCAUCCCUUACAAUGACCCGACUCUGGAAAGUGUUUUGGGUUCAAGCACCGGUGCUGCCUCGCCUUACGUUAUUGCUAUGCAAAACUUGGGAGUGACCGGAUUGCCACACUUGGUAAACGCGCUGCUGUUCACGUCCAUUUUCUCUGCAGGGAAUGCGUACACCUACUGCGCCUCACGUACACUACAUGGUUUGGCCAUAGACGGCCACGCUCCCAAGUUUCUGGCGAAGUGCACGCGCAAUGGUGUUCCAUUAUACUGUCUCAGUAUUGUUAUGGUAUUCCCGUUCUUAUCAUUGCUACAACUAUCUAGUGGUGCUUACGUGGUUCUCACCUGGCUUACCAACAUUGUCACAGCCGGUGGUAUCAUCGACUACAUUGUCAUCUGUGUCAACUACAUCUUUUUCUAUCGUGCCUGCAUGGCUCAAGGCGUCAAUCGUCGUGAAUUACCCUACUACGGCUACUUCCAACCUUGGAGUACGGUUUUUGCUCUUUGCUUUGAAGUUUGCGUGGUGGUCUGCUACGGUUAUGCUGCUUUCUUACCUGGUCAUUGGAGUAUUAGCGACUUCUUUACACACUAUGCCAUGGUCUUUUUGGGUAUCCUCACUUUCUUCGGCUGGAAAAUUAUCAAACGUACCAAGUUUGUGAAACCGCACGAGGCCGAUUUGGUCUGGGACAGACCUGCGAUUGAGAGGUAUGAAUUGACUACGCUUGAUCGUGACAUCGGCUUCUGGAAUGAAAUGUUAGCGAUGGUCAGAAUCCGCAGGAAGAAGUUCGAUAACGAGGAAAACCGGCAGUAAAAAAAUCGUUGAAAUGAAUCUUCAGCGUCAAUGAUUUUAUAGCUGCAAA